GUUUGUUUACAUUGUGGAGACCCAAGAAGAAGAAGAAGAAGAGCUGCCAUUCCAACACCCACUCUCUAGCAUGUAAAUCAGCCUCCUGCACACCCGCGCGCCCUCCACCAUGAACCUCUUGGAGUCCAUAUGUGCGCACCGCAAGUACCGCAACGCUGUGGUGUCGGCGGUGAUCGUGGCGGCGGUGAUGGUGGCGCUGUGGCUGUGUGCCGUGCUGCUGGGGGCGGGGCUGACCUCCGGGGGGCCUGACGCGCGGCUGAGUCUGGAGGCGGCGAGUAACUGGGAGGAGCUGGUGGUGGGGCGCAGUGGAGGACAUGACCUGACCCCGACCCCCAUACGCCAAGACUGCCACUACUACAACUGUUUUAACGUGUACCGCUGUGGACGUAACGGGAACCAGCGACUCUCUGUCUACGUGUAUCCGCUGGCCCGGUACGUAGACGAGGAGCGCGUCGCCAUCAAGCCCAUGUCGCGGGAGUUCUACGAGGUCCUGGACACCAUCAUCAACUCGGAGUACCACACGGCCAGCCCAGAGGAGGCGUGCGUUCUGGUGCCUCCCAUCGACACCCUUAAUGAGAACAGCCUCAGACGGGACAAGAUCGGACAGGCCCUUGCGAUGCUGCCCUACUGGGCGGAGGGCGAGAACCACCUACUCUUCAACAUGCUACCAGGAACGCCGCCCCAGUUUGACACGAGCCUUGGGGUGGCGCGCGGCAAGGCAAUGGUGGCCGGCGGGGGCUACUCUACCCUCACCUACCGACGGGGGUAUGACAUAUCCAUCCCUGUGUAUAACCCCGCCCACCAGAGCGAACCGGUUGGACGGAAGCUUGUACACGAUCGCAGGUUCCGGGUCGUGUCAUCGCAGGUCAACAUCCACCGGGACUACCGCGAGGACCUGGAGGCUCAGGUCGAACAGGCUAAGAUCGCUGGCACCACAGAUGACCUCCUAGUCCUCGGGAAGUGUGGGCACGACACCAACCUGACCCAGCGGUGCCGAGGCGACCAGCGAUAUCAGUACCCGGAGGUGUUGAGGGAGGCUAAGUUUUGCCUGGUGGUCCGCGGCGGUCGUCUGGGACAGAGCGCUCUCUAUGACGUCAUGCGGGCUGGCUGUGUCCCCGUGGUUGUCGCCGAUGGGUACCAGAUGCCCUUCUCGGAGGUCAUAGACUGGCGGGAGGCGGCCGUGCAGGUCUACGAGGAGGACCUGUCGGAGGUAGUGCACAUCCUCAAGAGGGAGGUGUCCGAGGAGCGCCUGGCGGAGAUGCAGCAGCAGGUCCUGUGGCUUUACGAACAGUACUUCUCCACCGUCCGGGAGAUCACCCUCACCACCCUCAAGAUCCUCAAUGACCGAGUGUUCCCCGCGCACGCCCGCCCCCUCAACCUGUGGAACACUCGACCCCGCCCCGCUGCCGUCCAGAACCCCCUCUUCCUGCCCCUCACCGCCCCGGCCUCCGAAGGGUUCACCGCGGUUAUUUUGACGUACGAUCGCCUGGAGUCGCUGUUUCAGGUAAUACAGAUGAUGGCCCAGGUCCCUUCGCUCUCCAAGGUCCUGGUAGUGUGGAACAACCAGAAGAAGCCUCCCCCUCAAGCCUCCCUGUGGCCCAAGAUCAGCGUGCCCUUGAAGGUGGUACAGACGCGGGAGAAUAAGCUCAGUAACAGGUUCUACCCCUACGAGGAGAUUGAGACCGAGUGCAUCCUGGCGAUUGAUGACGACAUUAACAUGAUGACCGCCGAUGAGCUGGAGUUUGGCUACCAGGUCUGGAGGGAGUUUCCAGAUCGCAUCGUUGGCUUCCCCUCGAGGAAUGUUCUGUGGAGCAACGACUCACACAGCUGGAAGUACGACUCAGAGUGGACCAAUGAGGUGUCCAUGGUACUGACAGGCCUGGCGUUCUACCACAAGUACUGGUCCUACGUCUACACCACACAGCUGCCCGGGGACAUCAAGAGCUGGGUGGAUACCAACAUGAACUGCGAGGAUAUUGCCAUGAACUUCCUCGUGUCCAACCUGACGGGGAAGGCACCGAUUAAGGUGACUCCGAGGAAGAAAUUCAAGUGCGGCGAGUGUACCAGUGGCGACCUCUCCGCUAACGAGGCUCACAUGGUCGAGCGUUCCCAGUGCGUACGUCACUUCUCGAGGGUGUUCGGCACAAUGCCUCUCAAGACGGUGGAGUUCCGGGCCGACCCAGUGCUGUUCAUGGACAACUUCCCCAAGAAACUGAAGCUUUAUGAUGACAUGGGCAGCCUCUAAAGGGAGGAGGAGGAGGAAGAUGAAGAAGAAGAAGAAGAGGAGAAGGAGGAGGAGGAGCUGAUAUUGGUGAAAGACUGGAAAAGGUGAGAAGAACAGAGGAGGAGGAGGAGGAAGAAGAAUGAGUACAGAUGAAUUAGGAAGAGGAGGAGGAGGAGGAGGAAAAGGAGGAACAAAUAUUAGUGAAGGAGGGAAAAGGGAGAACAGAGGAGGAAAGAGAGAAAUAAAUAAAAACACAGAAAAAGAAGAAGGAGGAGGAGGAGGAGGAAGAGGAGGAGGAAGAAAUGAUCCUUUACAGUGAAAGACAAAGAAGAAGAAGAGGAGGAAGAGAAGAAAAGAGGAAGAAGAGGAAGACCCAAUAGCAAUAGAUUAUAAAGAAGAGGAAGAAGAGGAGAGGAAAAAAAAAGGAGGAAAAAGUAAAAAAUUAUAAUGAAAAAUAAAGAAAGAAAAUACAAUAAUAAAGAUAAUAACAAGAUAAUGAGUCAUACUAGAAGAAGAUAAUAACCAAGAUAAUAUUAAGAUAGAAAUUAAGAAAGGAUGAAUUAGGUGAAUAUGAAGAAAUGAAGGAGAAUUUGUUUAUGUAUAUAUAACUUUAAUGGUGGAUAGACUUAAGGGAGAGAGAGAGAGAGAGAGACAAUCGAUUUUUUGUGUUCAUUGUGUGAGAGAGAGAGAGAGAAUCGAUUUUGUGUUCAUUGUGUGUGUGUGAGAGAGAGAGAGAGAGAGAGAGAGAAUCGAUUUUGUGUUCAUUGUGUGUGAGAGAGAGAGAGAGAGAGAGAGAGAGAGAGAGAGAGAGAGAGAGAGAAUCAGUGUGUGUGUGUGUGUGUGUGUGUGUGUGUGUGUUUUUGUGUGAAAGAGAGAGAGAGAGAAUCAAUUUUUCGCAUUCUUUGUGAGAUAGAGAGAGAAAAAGAAAGCCAGAGAGUGAGAGAGAGAGAAUAAGGUCACAUAAUCCUAAGUUUACGACCAAUACGAUUUUUUAUACGUAAUCAAACGAAGAAAAAAAAUAAAUAUUGUACAUACGUCUAUCUCUGUGCCAUGACCUCUAGUAAUAAUUGUUUGGCUUAGUUACUUUCUAUCAAUGCUCAUGAAUGGUUAAGUUAGGUCAGGUCAGGUCAGGUCAGGUCAGGUUAGGUUAGGGUAAUUUAUUUUUUAUGCUUUUUUUCGAACCCCCAAGAACCAUUUUUCAUUGUUUUUCUCUAAUAUAUAUUUUUUAAGCUUAAUUAAUUUUCUAUCAAUGUUCAUGAAUGGUUAGGUCAGGUUAGGUUAGGGUAACUUAUCUAUUAUGUUUUGUUAUGAACCCCGAAGAACCAUUUUUCAUUGUUUUCUUUAAUAUAAUUUUUUUAAGCUUAAUUCAUUUUUAUCAAUGUUCAUGAAUGGUUAGGUUAGGUUAGGUUAGGGUAACUUAUCUAUUAUGUUUUGUUAUGAACCCCGAAGAACCAUUUUUCAUUGUUUUCUUUAAUAUAAUUUUUUUAAGCUUAAUUCAUUUUUAUCAAUGUUCAUGAAUAGUUAGGUUAGGUUAGGUUAGGGUAACUUAUCUAUUAUGUUUUGUUAUGAACCCCGAAGAACCAUUUUUCAUUGUUUUUCUCUAUUUUAAUUUUUUUAAGCUUAAUUCAUUUUCUAUCAAUGUUCAUGAAUGGUUAGGUUAGGUUAGGUUAGGGUAACUUAUCUAUUAUGCUUUGUUAUGAACCCCCAAGAACCGUUUUUCAUAGUUUUUCUCUAAUAUAAUUUUUUUUAACUUAAUUUAUUUUUUGUUGAUGCUCAUGAAAGACUAGGUUAGGUUAGGUUAGGUUAGGGUAACUUAUCUAUUAUGUUUUGUUAUGAACCCCCAAGAACCAUUUUUCAUUGUUUUCUUUAAUAUAAUUUUUUUAAGCUUAAUUCAUUUUUAUCAAUGUUCAUGAAUGGUUAGGUUAGGUUAGGUUAGGAUAAGUUAUCUAUUAUGCUUUGUUAUGAACCCCGAAGAACCAUUUUUCAUUGUUUUCUCUAAUAUAUAUUUUUUUAAGCUUAAUUAAUUUUCUAUCAAUGUUCAUGAAUGGUUAGGUUAGGUUAGGUUAGGGUAACUUAUCUAUUAUGUUUUGUUAUGAACCCCGAAGAACCAUUUUUCAUUGUUUUUCUCUCAUAUAUUUUUUUUUAAGCUUAAUUAAUUUUCUAUCAAUGUUCAUGAAUGGUUAGGUUAGGUUAGGUUAGGGUAACUUAUCUAUUAUGUUUUGUUAUGAACCCCCAAGAACCAUUUUUCAUAGUUUUUCUCUAAUAUAAUUUUUUUUAACUUAAUUUAUUUUUUGUUGAUGCUCAUGAAAGACUAGGUCAGGUUAGGUUAGGGUAACUUAUCUAUUAUGUUUUGUUAUGAACCCCAAAGAACCAUUUUUCAUAGUUUUUCUCUAACAUAAUUUUUUUUAACUUAAUUUAUUUUUUGUUGAUGCUCAUGAAAGACUAGGUUAGGUUAGGAUAAUCUGUUUUUUAUUUAUAUUUUUAUUGUUUUUUCUGUAUGAUAAUUGUUUAACGUUACAUAAGGUAUAAUUGUUUUUGUGAUUGUCAUCUUGAGAAGGUAACUUGGGUCAUAUCGGUGCUUUUCAAUUGUUUUCCCUAAUAGUGAUUGUUUAGCGUAAUUUACCGUUGUUAAUGACCACGGAAGGGUAGGUUAGGUCAGGUAACGUAGGGUAAUUUAUUCUUUACUGUCACUACCCCCUCGGAAAUUAAGGUUAAUUUAGCAUUUUUAAAUCGCUCGUUCUCGUGUUAAUUGCUUCGGAAAGUAAGAAAAAAAAAGACGAGGUUCGACCAAAUGUUUUUAUAUCCAUUACCAUAAAAAAUAAUAAAUAAAUAAUAAAAUAA